AUGGACAUCAAGACUAUGCAAAGAUCGUUUGAAAAAGAAUGUGGUCUUCUGAAAACAUUAUCUGAUAAAACCACUAGAGAUGAAAAUUUUAGCACUUCGGCCCUUGUCUUACCGAAGGAUUCAAAUGGGAUAAAUGAAAAGGGGGAUCGAGUGAAUGCGGGAUUUGAUCCAUCACCAGAAAAUGUCAAUGAUUUAAAGGCUAUCGACAGCGAAGAUGGGAAGAAAAGAAACGUGGCUGAGCGCCCAACAUGGGACAAUCAAAUCGAGUUUCUUAUGUCUUGCAUCGCCACAUCGGUUGGUCUCGGAAACGUAUGGCGGUUUCCUUUCGUCGCCUACCAAAACGGCGGUGGAGCCUUCCUAAUUCCAUACAUAAUAGUACUUUUAGUCAUAGGCAAACCUAUGUACUUCCUCGAAACAGUACUCGGGCAGUUUAGCAGCGGGAACUGCGUCAAGAUCUGGGCAUUGUCUCCGGCUAUGACCGGUACUGGAUACGCACAGACCUUGGGGGCCGUCUACGUGCUUUCAUACUACGUAUCAAUCAUCGCCCUUUGCCUUUACUACUUCGGAGUGAGCUUUAACGCGACCUUACCUUGGACACAAUGCCUACCCGAGUGGAGGAACUGUGUGCCUUCAGGACAAUCCGCAAAUCUUACUGAAAUACAAGGUGAAGCCGUCAGUAGCGCCCAACUAUACUUCACGGAGACGGUUUUACGUCAAUCCGACGGAAUAGAUGAUGGAAUCGGAAUUCCGUUAUGGGAUCUCACUUUGUGUCUGCUGGUAUCGUGGCUCAUCAUUUUUGUCAUCGUGGCCAGAGGUGUGAAGAGUUCUGGCAAGGCUGCUUAUUUUCUCGCUCUCUUCCCAUACGUAGUUAUGUUUAUUUUAUUGAUUAGGGCUGUGACCUUACCAGGUGCCGGUAAUGGAAUCCUGUUUUUCAUUACGCCUCAAUGGUCAAAAAUCCUUGAAGUCAGGGUAUGGUAUGCCGCUGUUACUCAAGUAUUUUUCUCGCUUUCCGUCUGCUCCGGAACGCUCAUUAUGUUUUCUUCGUACAACAAAUUCAGUCAAAAUGUUUACAGAGACUCUAUGAUUGUGACAACACUGGACACAUUUACGAGCUUAAUAUCUGGAAUCACCAUUUUUGGUGUGCUAGGUAACCUCGCAUACCAACUGGGAUACGAUGAUGUGGGAAGAGUUAUCGGAGCUGGCGGAACAAGUCUUGCUUUCAUCUCCUACCCAGAUGCGAUUGCGCAAUCACCAAUAGUACCACAGUUAUUUGCGGUGCUGUUCUUCCUCAUGAUGGCUGUGCUGGGCGUCGGUUCUGGCGUAGCAUUACUCUCCACCGUCAAUACUGUGUUAUUGGAUGCGUUUCCGCGAGUACCCACGGUUUACAUGUCGGCUACAACAUGUACUAUAGGUUUCCUUGUGGGACUUAUUUAUGUGACACCGGGAGGACAAUACAUUUUAGAAUUAGUAGACUACUACGGAGGAACAUUCAUGCGAUUGUUCGCGGCUAUCACUGAAACUAUUGGAGUUUUCUGGAUUUACGGUCUGGAGAACCUAUGUGUUGACAUUGAAUUCAUGUUAAACAUAAAGACAUCGUUCUACUGGCGUAUUUGUUGGGCCAUUGUAACACCAGUUAUUAUGAUUGUAGUGUUUAUUUACGCUCUCAUCACCACAGAAGCUCUACUGUUCGGAAAUGUUUAUGUAUAUCCGAGAGGAGCCUACAUUGCUGGUAGCGCGCUGCAGUAUGCCGGAAUGGUACUUAUACCAAUAUUUAUUGCUCUGGCACUUUGGAAAUAUAGAUCUGGAACAUUUAUAGAGACCGUGAAGCGUUCGUUCCUCAAAAAAGACACAUAUGGUCCAAGAGAAAUUCAGAAACGUGAGGAAUGGCGAGCGUUCCGACGAGACGCCAAAUCCGAACGUAAACUCAAGAGGAAGAAUUGGUUCCAUCACGUAUUAUAUUCUCUAAUCGGCGGGUAUCGCAGGAAGCGGUAG